AAAAGUCUCAUUAGGUGUAACAAUUCUUCUUGCUCUUUCCGUGUUCAUGAUGAUAGUGGCAGAAAUGGUACCUGCAACAUCAGGGGCUGUUCCAAUAUUAGCUGUAUAUUUUGCCUGCAUCAUGGUAAUGUGUACCUUAUCAGUUUGUCUGACUGUGUUAGUUCUCAACUUCCACCACAGGAAUCCAGACAUGUACAGAAUGCCAAACUGGGUGAGAACUUUGAUCUGCGAGUGGGGUGCAUGGAUUGUUCGCAUGCAUCGGCCAGGCAGAGAUAUUUCAAGACGCACUCUUAUCAGAAAAUCAGAUAUGAGAGAUCUAGAAAAACAAUUACAGCCGUCUAAAAGUCUCAUCACAAACAUUAGGGAUGAUGAUGAUUACUAUCCAUACCCAUCCCCCUUCCCAGCAACUAACGGGGGAAUGCCAAACAUGCGAAACGCAGGAAUGCAUAAUAUCCAACCUGACGAUAAUUUUAAUAUGACUAAAACAGAACUCAAAAUGAUUCUCAGAGAAUUGAGAUUCAUAACAAAUAAAAUCAAAGAGGAUAAUGAAAAUGGUGAAGAAAUCAACGAUUGGAAAUUUGCAGCAAUGGUAAUAGAUAGAAUGUGCCUAUGGGUGUUCCUUGCAUAUACAGUGGCCUCCACACUUGGCGUAUUCUUUUGUAUUCCACAUAUAUUCAAUCCAAAUGAAAAAUGAGGUCUUUGGAUUUAGAGUAUGUUUAGGUGGUCAGUCAGUAACCAAUACAGAACUAUAAGUAUACCUUUAGUUCUUUGUGCAAUCAUCAGGAACUUUGUCGAAUUUGGUGUUGUAGCCAUGUUUAUCGUUUUAAGACAUUGUCACCAUGAUGUGCUGUGUACGGAUAGACAAACCAUACAAGCUCCGCUGAUGUAUUGGAGCAACUCACUCAUGGAUUGGGCACUGAUAUGUAUAUUCAGAGACAUCCAACCAGUUAGCGUAAUGGUCGAUAUGACCCAAGACAAUGAUUGAACUGACUCAGUUUGGAAUAAUGUUGACUUUUUUUUAUUUCAUACUAUACAUGUUAAUGUAUAUUUCAUUUGUAACAUGAUAUAUGUCAACAAUCCAACAUGCAUGCCUGUGUUUGUUGUGAUUUUAUGUUUCUUCUG